CCUACCGAAACCCAACCCACUUUAGGAAUCAUUCUCUUUCAUUUUUUAUUUUGGUUUCUUCUUUUCGUCGCUUCCCCUUAUUCUGCUCCCAAACACACGUUGGUUAGGGACUUCCUCACGGUGGCGAGUGAAAAGGGGUAUGAUCUCAUGAAUUUAGCUUCGCUUCUUCUUCUUCCGAGAUUUAAAAGCUUCAACUUCAAUUUUCGAUCGCAAUAGCACCUUCCCCAUUUUUCACAAGAUGAAUAGCGCCGUCAAAUCCACCUUGUUCAACUCAAACCCUAACAACCGUUUUAUCCUAACCUUCAGACUCUUCCAUUCCACCCCGCCGCUCGAGCGAAAAAGGCGCAAUUCUUGGGAAUCCAGAUGCAACAAUUACUCGAAAAGAUUCAGAAGGACGCGAGCAAAACAAACGUUACUCCGUAAUGUCAAUUCUUAUGCAGAAUUCAUGUUUCAGAGAUGGAAAGAAGAUAUUCUUGAGGAUGAUCCAUCUUCAAGUCGAGACAACUUCAGAAAGCAAGAUUCUCCUAAGGACUUUGGAAGGAACAGGAAUGGCAAUCAAGGAUCAAGGCAUCGUUACACUAGAAACCCUUCGUUUGUUGAAGAUGAUUUUGAUGUUGAAAGCAUUUUCCGCUCAGCCUUUGGUGGGGAUCGAAUUUUCUACUGGUCCUUUAUAAAUGACGAAAAUCCUCAAUGGAGGUCAAGAGACGGCUUUUCUAAUUUUAGGAAAUCUUGGAAAUGGAGACAUCAAAAUGAAAAUGAAUAUGACUCUUCAACUGAGUCAGAGUCUGAGUCUGAUCAGUCGUAUUCAGGUUUAGUUUCAGAUAGAUUAGCUCUUGGAUUGAGUGCUUCUGGUCCUUUGAAACUCGAAGAUGUGAAAACUGCGUACCGAGUAUGCGCCUUAAAGUGGCACCCGGAUCGUCAUCAAGGCUCUUCCAAAGUUAUGGCGGAGGAAAAGUUCAAGCAUUGCAGUGCAGCUUAUCAAUCUCUGUGCGAUAAGCUGGCCUUGGAUUAGGGAUUCUUAUACCUUUUCUACAAGUCUCCAGCUUUCAGUUAUUUGCACAUUCUAAUUUAUUUAAUACAAAGCUCAGUUUCAUUGAAAAUUUUAGUUUGUUGUAAUUUUAAUUUACACUAGUGGAAAUAAUAUGUAUGCUGCUCACAUUACUAAUUUAUCAUUAGUUCAUGAGUUUAAUUUCUAUGCACCGACGGUGUAAAGUUUUUUA